ACUUGCUAUGUAGCCAUUCGUCUGUUGCGUCCCAGUGGCGUGCACCCUCCAUGGUGGUCUUCUGCACUGCCUUUUGGGUUUCAAAUCAAACCACCCACCCCGUGCAGCCAUGAAUGAGCAUUGACGUCGCCGCUUGAUCUGAUGACUAGCAUGCCUACUACUACCCGUUUCCCCCUCCUCUGCCUGCCCUCUUCUCGUCAUGUGCUCUCGCGAGCCUUCUCCGUCGUCUCCGCGAGCUCCGGUGCCUGGCUCUUCAUUUCGAGCAGCCGCCAUGUGGCACUCUUCCGUAGCCUCAUUGUCGGGUACCAAGCUCCGCUCCACCAGACCGGAAGAUGCUGGUAGUACAGCUGUCACCAUCCCCAUCAUCAUCGUCGUCGUCGUCGUCGUCUUCGUGUCGGCCAUUAAUGAAUAAUAUGCGCUCACCAAUAACAUGAAUGUGUAUAUGCCCAUCCAUGCAUACGCCGGCACCAUUGCAGUCCUCUCGGUUAUCUCGAACAGGCCCCAGUGGUCGUCAACAUCAAUCAAGCGCUCGAGUGCAAUCAGCAUCCAAAACGCAGUGUUGAGGUUGGAGUCGGUGUACCAAGCUAUGCCGAGAGCAGCUAGUGAUCCAUAUUCCUGUACUGAUACGUCAAGCUGCAUGCAAACGGGACGCUAAUGACUCUAAUCACCAUUUGGGGCCUCACCAUUGAACCUCUGGGCAAAUGAUAUAGAUUUCUCUACACCCACAUCUGCUCACAGUAUUUCUCAAGUACACUGGAUCCUCUUUGCUCGCAUGCGUGAAUGUAGUCAACAGUGUUGAUCUUCUGAUUCUGCAACAUCUCACAUCUGCCUCAGAGUAUCUGACCCCGACACGAAUCAUCACACAACUUUACCCGAGUGAAAACACGCAUGUAAGAGCAUGAUGUAAUGGUAGGGUAAAGCUCGUACACGACGCUCAUAUGAUUCCGCACCCUUGCAGCUCAAAUUGGUUGUUCUCGGGACAGUCGAAAUAUCCCGCACUUCUUUGUUCAAGCAGGUGCAUAAGAGGGAAAAGAUAUAGAUGAAUUGCUCCAUCACACUGCAGACGCCACCACUCCUGCCGGAAGGGGGCCUGUACGCUGCAGUUUUUUUUUCCACUCGCGCAUAUACUGAGCCAAUCACUUUGUUUCCGCU